GUAACUGUNGAUGAAGGAACGUAUAAGUGUGACGUCACUUAUGUCAGAGGAAAGUGCCCUUCUUUAUCCUUUACGAGACUCUAUACUCUGAUCACGCCUUCAGACCCAGAAAUGGAAGUAGAAGGGAAGAAGGUCCGGAACGGGAGCACAGUAGGCCCUUAUUCGGAAGGUUCCACCUUCGUCUUGGAGUGUAAAUCAUCCGGCGGGCGUCCGGCACCGGAAGUAACUUGGUGGAACGGCACGAAACCCCUUCCGGUCAAAACCGCGGUUCAUCCGGAAGGGAACGGAACCUACUUCGUAACCUCUACAGCUCGCUUUGUUCUUUCACGAUGGGAUCUUGGAGGAAAAGUGGAAUGUAGAGUUCGGAGUAAUGCUACAACCCAUGUCGUUUAUCAAUGGAUCAAGUUAGAUAUACACGUUCGGCCUGCGUCGUUGAGUGUUAGAGGACCAACAACACCAGUUGUUGCAGGAGAAAUGGUGUCUUUAACAUGCACCGUUGAAGGUGCAAGACCUGCAGCGAACAUCACGUGGUAUAACAGAUCAGAAGUGAUUGGCCCUCAACCAAUGACUACAACAGAUCUAAUGAGUGAUGGUACAUAUCGGACAGCAAGUUCAUUAGUUUUAGUUGCAUCUAGGUACGACCAUAAGGGAGAAUUCUUUUGCAAAGGAAUAAAUGACGUCUUAAGAAAGAGAUUGGAAGCUCCACUUUUACAGGCAACAACUCUAGAAGUAUUAUACCCACCAGCUGUGUUUGUAACACCAGACGGAACAGUCACAAUGCAAGAAACGUCGAUAGUAAAUAUUACAUGCGUUUUUGAUGCAAAUCCACCAGACGUGACAGAAAUAGUUUGGUAUAAAGACGGAAACCUAUUGCAAAGAGAUACAACACAACGGCUAGAAACAAGGCAUCCCUUAUCCGCUGUUCUAGCACUUUAUAACGUGUCUAGACAUGAUUCGGGAGUUUAUACUUGCCACGUACGAAAUGCAUUCGGAAGAGGAAAUUCUACUACUGCAGCCGUCUUAAAUGUUCUUUAUCCCCAAAUUGUGAGGUUGAAGAUUUCGUCAUCUAUGGUCUCUGAAGGAGGUGAAAACUCUGCUGUUAGUUUAACAUGCGAAGCAAUCGAUGGAAAUCCACGUAAUUUCACAUCUGUCCGGUGGUACAGAAACAAUGAGUUGGUAAACGAAACUACUGAAUCUGUUUUACAGAUAAGGCAUGCAUCUCGGCAUCAUGGAGGCAAUUAUUCAUGCGAAGGACUGAACGCUGCAGGAUGGAGCCACCGCCCAAAAUCUGAAGAGUUAAUUGUACACUUCACUCCGGGUCCUUCAACCAUUUUCCAGCAGCAAGAUUUAGCAGUGAAGGGAAGAUCGGUUACACUAGAAUGCAGAGUCUUGGAUCUGGGUCAUCCAACAUCUUCAAUGUUUGAGUGGCACAAAGGUAACCAGAUCUUGAAUGAAACAGGGCCCUUACUCCUCUUGAAGCCAGUCACCGUCGCGACUCAAGGGAAUUAUUCUUGUGCCGCUGUCAACGAUAUUGGUCCAGGUCCACCAUCCCACUUUGUUCUAUCUGCCGUAGCACCACCAUCCUUCGUUCGCAAACUACCUGAAAAAGGUGGUGUCCUUCGAAAUACCACCAACGUCCAACUGUCCUGCCACGUAGAGUGUCAUCCACUCUGUGAAUUAGAGUGGUUGAGGAAUAACGAGAGCCUGAGAGAUUCGAUCGUGUUCGAGAGCAAGCUGUCCCAUCACCGACCAGAUCCCAGGAGAAACCUCUUCACUUCCAUUAGUUCAGUGCUUACCUGGAAUAUGAGCUUGCUGCCUGUCAACAGCUUCGAUUAUGCUACCUUUACCUGCAGGAGUUCGGGGAACGAGAUUGGUGCUGGAGUGUCUAGUACAAUGGCAUUUCGAGUGGAAUAUCCUCCAGAAAACAUCCAGAUAUCAGCAGUUAGAUUGGAGGUUAUGGAGGGAGAGAUAUUGGAUGAUCUGGUCUGUAGCGCAUCGGCUCAUCCGUUGGCUGAUUAUGAAUGGCAGGUGGAUGGAAAAAUGGUAGCUCGUGGACCCGUCCUUUCAUUCAAUUCGUCCUUGUCCAGAGCUAUGGGUGGUAACUACACUUGUGUUGUGAUGAAUCGCCAUGGGAUUUCGAGAGCUACAGUAUCUAUCACCGUCUUACAUCGUCCUCUGUGUGAAAUGAUGAAAGAUUAUACUGAUGAAGGCAAUGUGGUGUUGAGUUGUCGGUCAUAUGCACAUCCAGCUGCUUUCAACUUUUCCUGGUUUAGAAACAAUGAAUCAAUAUUCAGUGAAACGCGAGAGUCUAGUCGUCAAGAAAGUAUUAUUGCCUUAUCUGGCGUCAAUCCAAACGUGUACGGAAAGUAUUCUUGUAUCGCAGCAAACGAAAUUGGAGCAUCGGAUCCAUGUUCUCUUGAUUUGACUGCUUUGCCAUCUCCCUCCGGAUGGGUUCAGUUAUUACUUCAAGAGGAAAACUUAUUAAUAGUAGCAGGGAUAUCUGGAGGAAUCGGUAUUCUACUCAUUAUUUUUCUUACAACAGCAGUAGCAAUUGUGUUACGGCGAAGAAUGAAAGCUAAUAGUAAAGAAGCAUUACAAGAAAGACACCAUCAUCAUGGAGAUAGAGCAGCUGAUUCCACACCUAUUGGAGCUUCGCCGUUGCUGUCAGGUCACAGGCAAGACGAUAGUCCACUUUUAAGAAAAAAAUUCCCAGAUCAUGAAUUCGUAUAUCAUGAUCCCACCCUAGAAAAAUCAAAUGGAAUUUAUAGAAAUCAACAAGGACGAAAGCUUGUCGGAUGACAAAAACUGAAUCGACCAGAAAUAAGGACCACUCUCAUGUAAAAGACUGUAAAUCUCAAAGGACCAAGCGAGCUACGGGUAAACAUUUCCGUAACUGCAAUUGCUUGUACCUCUGUGUGCCUCUGCGACAUGAUAUAUCCCGGUGCAAGUCCAAAAGUUGAACACAAACAAAAAAAAAUUGCUUUACCUGAGUGAGAUUUAUCACGAAUUACUCCUCAAUUUUGCCAAUCUUACUAUCCUUGAAACGGGAGCGUGCCCAAUCCAUGUAUCACAGGAUUCGUGUGUCUUAGAUGUUGAAAUCACGUGUGAAUCUUUUUGUGUUUCUUUAAUAAGAAACUGAGCUUUUUUCAGCGAAAAUAUCGUAUUGUUUUAUAUAUAAAUAAUAUUAUAUACUCUUAUGUGUGCUUUGUAUAGCAGUUUUUUUAGAAUGUGUUCGCAAAUAUGCUUCAUACCAUUAUUACAUUUACAUCGCAGUGUUUUUGCUGGUAAUACCUCUCUUCAUAGCAAUUCAGAACAAAUAAAUUACGUAAUCACAACAGUUUGUGAAUCAGCAUCGGUGUAGUAAGUUUUUAAGGUAUGAUUUGAAAAUAUUUUAUUCUGAUUAUUUGUUCAUUGUAUAAGGAUCCAUUGGAAAGAUAAUGAACGUUGCAAUUUUUUUUAUUGAGGGUAUAUUUGUUUGGAAUGCCGUACAAUUCUUCAAAUUAAGUAUUUUUCCGCGAAUAUAUGGAUUCAGUUAGAUUUAAAAGUAUAAAUUGCUGCUUAAAUAUGUGGGUUUUGCUUCACUUUCUUUUAUUUUUUUGAAUUAGGAAAUUUCUUUUCCGUGCAAUAUAUUUAUAAAAUUUACAUAAACUACUAAAAUUUUCAUCUUUGAAAAAAAUCUUCAAAACCCAUAACAAUAUGGGCAGAUCUAUUUUGAUACUAACUCAAUUUGUAAAUGGUUUAAUAUGACGCAAUAAAUCCAAACCUAUUGAAAUCAUGAAAUUUUCAAGUAUAUAUUUAUGCAUAUAUCUGAAAACUUAGCAAUAAAAACGCUUUAAGUCUCUCCACAAUCAAUGAAACAAACAUUAAUUGUACAUAUAUACAAAAUUAAACUGGAACUGUUUUAAGAAGUAGUGCUUUAUUUGUUUCAUAUCCGUAUCUCUGUUCUUAUAUGUAUUUCCACAUGCUAAUUGUAUUGGCUGUCCCAUAAUAAUGUACUGCACUGAUUGUGUGUGGCACAUUUUACACAAAUGUCAAUGCACUACAUUUUAAUAACUUACGAACUGCUUUGGGCUUUUUUGACAAUAACAAAUAUCAGUGUCUCGAGGAAAAGGAAGCCAGCUGGAGAUAAAAUAUCCUAUUACAGAAUGUUUUUAACAUUUGAAAAUCAUCAGGAAAAUAAUUUUUCAAGCUGUAAUGCAUUAGUCUCAUUUGAUGACAUGUUUUAUGUAAAAUAUGACGUCAAAAGUAUAGGGAUGUAAAUAAAGAAGAAGGAAAAAUUGCAGUAUGAGCACUUAACAUUUUUACUCAACUCUGUUUGAUGUCGAAUAUCUUUAACGUAGACCAGUUCCGUGCAAAAUCCUCUUUUUGAAACAGUAAUGAUUUUUGAAAUCUAUUAGAGGUGUGUAUUCAACGGAUAAUUAUUUACUUAAUGUUUCGGUGAUUUUUAUAAAAUUAUUUAAGUAAAACGUCAAUUAAAAAAAAUAGCAAAUUUUAAAAAUUAAGCUUUUUUUUUAAUAACAAUACAUUGAAUAAAUUACUAAAAGUACAAGCAUUUACUAAUAUUUGCAUCAGUACUUUUUAUCGUAAUUUUUUUUCACGUUAUAUGUCUCUAAGUUAUUCUGUAGUUUUAGUUCCUUUCAUUUAGCAGAUUUACACUUGUUAAUGAACAGUUUUGAAAUGUCAGGAUUCGUCCGAAAGAAGUUCGAUCGUUUUGUAGGUAAAGGAAAAGUGGGAACCACUGACGUAGAUCAAAAUGAGUUUUAAAUUUUAUGCAAUCUUAAGAUUUCGUUACCAUUAAAUUUGAACCAUAAUAUUACGGAAUAAGGUUUAAAAAUUACGAUACUGCAGUUCAGAAGAAUUUUAUAAAAUUUCGACUCGAUAAUUGUUUUUAUUUAUUUUAUAAUAAUAAAAACUUUUCACUAAAAAAACAUUGACCAGUUUCUCUUUUUCAUUGAAUAAAAUUUUGAAAACUGAACAAAAACUCUAUAAGAAUGGUGAAAUAAUUGAGCUCACUUUGACAAUUUUGCUUAUGAACAAGUAUUUCACGAGUAUUUAAUUUUAUGUAGUAUUUAUAGAACUUAUCUUUCCGUGAACUUUCAUCAAAAAAAUGACAAAGAAACGACUGUAGCCAUGUAACAAAUAAGUUACAAUUUUUAAAAUCUGAUUUAUCCACACAUAAUUCAUUUGUAUUUUUUUCACUAGACUCAAAUUUACAAUAAACCUGCAAGACUUAAAGCUUCGAAAUUAACUCUUUUUAACAUACAUCCCUAUACUUUUAUUCUCUACUAACAUCAACUGCACUAAGUCUUAAUAACUUAUGAGAUACCCCUGUAUUUUUGGACAAGAAAAAAACACGCUGCGUCAAAAGCAGCGUUUUGAAUGAGAAGCCAGCUGGAGCUUAAAUAGCUGUCCACAAGACGUCUCCCUUGCAUACAACAGUUGUUUUAACGCGAAGACGGAUCAAGGAAGAAACAACAGCAACUACAAAAAAAAAAAUAGUUGUUGGAAUAGCAGAAUCGAUUUAGAAGGAAUUUUUCUUUCACAGCUGCCUUUCUAUGUUCGUUACAGUUCUCUGGCCUCGGGCUUUCCUGAAAAGACCAAUCAAUAAUUUUAUCCUUUAUUUUUACUUUUGUUUCUUUCGCAAGUCUCGAUCAAUUGGUCGACAAAGAGUGAUAUUAACAGUUUCCAGAAAAGGCACGUUUGCCAUUUGAGUGUGAGACUCGUUGAGCUAAUAAAAAUGAUUGUAUGGAAAGCUGACGAAUAAAUAUUGUUUUAUGUUCA